AGUCCGCAGAAUUUGCCUGAUACCCAGAGGAGAAUGAAUGGUCAUGUGAAGAGCAUGAAUUUUCAACAGUUUAUGGAAUCUGCAACAACAUUACUCUCUCUCCUGCUGAUCAUGGCUGUUGAUUCAACAAGAACUGUGGCGGCAAGCAGAAACCAGCAGUGUGGGAAUGCUCUGCAACAGACUUUGAAGCUCACCCGGCUUGUACGAAAGGAAUCCACCGACCUAAUCAAAACUUAUAAAGCCUCUCAAGGAGAAAUGUCAGAUCUCUUCUGCGAGGUGUCGGUGAACAACAUCCCCGAUCCCAACAUCUCCGGGCUGGAUCCCUCCGAGAAGAUAGUGAGCAUCUACACACAUCUCCAAGAGUUCAUCCCACAUUUUACGCGAGUGUACGAGCAGCAGACGGACUUGCAGUCACCCAGCAGCCCGCUGCUGGCUGAGCUCAUCAGCGUCAACAGUCGCAGCAGGAACCUGGCUGUUGUCGUAAAGGGCUUUUAUCAGAGCCUCUUCCCAAACCUGCCUCUACCGGAGCCGGCGGGCGGACCGACGACGCUACCUCCGCCUCAGAACAUCUUCCAGCAGAAGGUCUACGGCUGUGUGGUCCUGAAAACCUACAAGAAGUUCCUGUUAGAUGUUUCCAAAGUACUGAACAAUAUAAAAGGUAAAGUCUGCAGAAGGAGGAUACAAAUGAACGCACUCUUUUUCUGAAGACCGCCCGAGACAGUCCAGCAGCACUUGAACUCACUGGGCUGAUAAAAGACUUAAAAAUGUAUGAAGAUGGCUGGUACAUCAAUGUAAUGGAGCCUAUUUAUGGUAUUUAAUAUUUAUUUUCACGUGAGAGGAACGCUGUUCAAAGAGUGCAGAGAUGUCUCCCAGCAAGUUAUGUAUAUUUAAUUUGUGUAAUGUUAUGUAAGGUUCUGAGUUGCAAACUUAUUUGAUGUACACAGAAUUCUAUAUAAAAGCAAAUACUUUGCAGCUGUA